ACCCCAGAAACCCACAGUGUUAAACUACCAAAAAUCGAUAUUCCUACAUUCGAUGGCGAAAUGCUACAUUGGCAAACCUUUUGGGAGCAAUUUGGCAUUGCAGUUGACGAACAACCUCACAUCUCCGAUACCGAGAAACUAGUAUACCUCCGUCACUCUCUAAAGGACGGUUCAGCCAAGCAUGUAAUUGAAGGCCUAUCGCACUCAGGCAAUCAGUACAAAGAAGCCAUCGACUCUCUCAAAGCUCGAUAUGAUCGACCACGUAUCGUACACCAAACUCACGUCAGGAAAAUAUAUGAUGUACCAAGCUUAAAGGAUGGAUCAGGCAAAGAACUCAGACGUUUCCAUGACACUGUUCAACAGCAUCUGCGAGCACUCAAAGCUAUGGACAAAGAACCCACUGGCUCCUUCAUCACUGCCCUGUUGGAAUUGAAACUUGACAAGGACACUAUGUUUGAAUGGCAAAAGGCUAGCCAAGACUCCAAGAAAACACCUCACUACGAUGAUUUGCUCAAGUUUCUUGACCUUCAUGCCCAAGCCUCAGAAACCUGCUCAAGUGAGCCUAGAAGAUAUUAUCAUCAGAUAUACGGAAACCAUUUCCCAAAUCAGCAGCCUCCUUUGUGGCGAAUUCACAAUCGCCAGAUGCACCUAAUUGUUCGAUAUGUAAGACUCAGAAGCAUCCCUUGUAUGCUUGUCCGCAGUUCAAGUUGCUCCCUCACGACAAGAUGUUGUCCACUGUCCGCUCAAGCAAUGUAUGUCUUAAUUGUCUCAAACCAGGUCACUUCUCAAAGAAUUGCGGAAGCAACAAUCGUUGCAGGAAAUGCCAGAAGCCACAUCACACGUUGCUUCACCGUGAGUCUGCAAAAAACAAAGAACAGUCAGAGCCUCCCUCUACCGAAUCUUCUGCUCUAGCAGUAGCACCAAUGGUCUCAAGUUAUGCUCAGUCUGGCUCUGGAACUACACUACUCAUGACUUGUCAAAUGUUUGUAAACGCACCCGAUGGCACUUGUGUCCGAGCGCGCGGUCUACUGGACUCAGGCUCUUCCACUUCAUUCAUAUCCAAGCGAUUGGCUCAAUCUCUCCAACUACCAUUGUCAACUCAGAACAUUCGCAUCUCUGGCAUCACUGGUAUGUCUCGCGGAUCUCCCUUGCAAUCAGUUGCCACAUUCUCAAUCUCAACUCUGUGCCCACCCGUUGAAAGGCUUCAAAUAUCUGCAAUUGUUGUCCCACGUGUCACCUGUGAUCUACCCACUCAACCUGUUCACUUAAAUGCCAAAUGGAGUCACCUCAACGAUCUACACCUUGCAGAUCCCGACUUUGGCCAACCUAACAAAAUUGACAUACUCCUGGGAGUAGACGUCUACGCUGAUGUGCUGUUGCAAGGCCGGCGGAAUGGACCCCCUGGUACACCUACUGCCUUUGAAACUAAGUUUGGAUGGGUACUCACUGGCAAAACAGACAAUCUCAAAGUCCCCUCAAAUGUUGCAGCUAACCAUGCAAUCACACUCUCUGGUGACGACAUUCUCCGCAAGUUCUGGGAAAUUGAAGAAUGCCCAAGAGAUGUCUCAAAUCACUCACCAGAAGAACGCUCUGUUGUUCGUCAUUUUGCUGAAACCCACAAGAAAGGUGAAGAUGGUAGAUUUGUCGUACCACUUCCAAAAAACCCUCGGACAAAACCUCUUGGAGAGUCAAGAUCAUCUGCUGUACGCCGAUUCCUCUCUCUUGAGCGAUAUCUCCACUCAAAGGAUCAAUUUGAUGAAUUUGCUACUGUCAUGAACGAAUACAUGGAUCUCAAACACGCUGAAUGUGUACCAGAAGCAGACAUGCACAAACCCUCUCAAGAAACGUUCUAUUUGCCCAUGCAUGCUGUCCGAAAAGAAGACAGUACGACAACAAAACUCAGAGUUGUAUUUGACGCCUCUGCCAAAUCCAGCAAUGGUAUCUCACUCAAUGACAGCCUGCUUGUCGGACCUACCAUUCACCCCCCUCUUAUUGAUGUUCUCCUUCGAUUCCGUACACAUCGAAUUGUUCUCACCACAGACGUUAGCAAAAUGUAUCGGGCUGUCGAACUAACCACUACCGAUCGCGAUCUCCAUCGCUUUGUGUGGCGGAACAACCCAAAGGACCCUCUGCUUGACUACAGGAUGACUCGCAUCACCUUCGGAGUAUCUGCUUCCUCAUUUGCAGCUAACAUGGCUGUCAAGCAAAAUGCUAUCGACCACGCUAUGGAAUACCCACUUGCAGCCAAGAGCGUGGACACUUCAUUCUAUGUUGAUGAUGGACUCACAGGAGCUGAUACUGUUCAAGAAGCUAUUGAGCUUCAACGGCAACUCCAGGACUUAUUCUCUGCAGGAGGAUUUCUUCUAAGAAAGUGGAACUCUAGCGAUCUACGAGCUAUCCAGCACUUGCCAGCAAACCUCAAAGACCCCAAGUCUAUUCAAGAAAUGCCCUCGAUGGAAGAAUACACAAAGACACUUGGAAUUCAAUGGAAUGCUCCCAAGGAUUGUUUCAAACUGUCUGUACCUUCUCCCACACCACUGGAAACUCUGACAAAACGUGGUCUUGUCUCAGAUGUUGCCAAGACUUUUGAUGCCCUAGGUUGGUUUUCUCCCUCUACUAUCAAGGCCAAGAUUCUCAUGCAGCAGCUAUGGGAGCUAAAGGUUGACACUGUGCCUGAACAUGUCCAUGACGCCUGGCUACAAUGGAGAACAGAACUGCACCUACUCUCACAGAUACCCAUUCCCCGAUGCUACUUUGACAAGAAGUCCAAACCCUUCUUAACAGAAAUCCAUGGUUUCUCGGACGCUUCUGAACUUGCUUAUGCAGCUGUAGUCUAUCUACGCAUCACAGACACCUCUAAUCGUAUCCACAUUGCUUUGGUGAUGUCUAAGAGCAAGGUGGCACCCAUCAAGCGGCUAACUAUCCCUCACCUAGAGCUCUGUGGAGCUCAACUACUGGCUCGACUAAUCCAUCAUAUCAUACAAGUACUCGAUAUUCCCCUCUCACUCACACAUGCUUGGACCGACAGCACAAUUGUACUAAAUUGGCUGGAUGGAAGUCCUAGACGCUACAAGACAUAUGUUGGAAACAGAAUCUCAACCAUAGUCGAUCUCAUCCCUCCUGACAAAUGGAGACAUGUUCACUCAGCUGACAACCCAGCUGACUGUGCCUCAAGAGGACUCUACCCCUCAGAACUCCUUGACCACUCUCUCUGGUGGAAUGGACCCACUUGGCUUAAAGAACCACCAACUAAUUGGCCUGAAAGACUACCUCUCCCUCCAAACAAACUUAAAGUUGAUGAAAAAGAAGUGUCACUACUUGUACUCACUCAAGAUCUCACACCCAUCAUCCCUAUGGAUCGAUUUUCAAAUGAUGACUCCUUAAAACGUGUUGCUGCUUGGACCCUUCGUUUCAAUCGAAAUUCUCGAAUAUAGCAGAACGGAUCAAUUCAUCUCACAACCACUGAAUUGCAAGCAGCAGAAAAUUACUGGAUCAAGGUCAUUCAAGCAACUCACUUCGCAGCUGACCUGGAUUCACUCCAAAGGAUCUCUCCAACUCCAGUUCACUCUUGUCUCUGCAACCAUUUAUCGAUGAUUCUGAUAUUCUCAGAGUAGGCGGUAGAAAACAACUUUCUCAAACCUCCAACUAUCAGUCUCGACCAGGUAUUUUACAUCCUCUCACCCACUUAAUGAUACGACAUGAACACCAGCGAUUACUACAUGCAGGUCCUACUCUACUCUCUGCCUCCCUAUCCAGACGUUGUCACAUUGUUGGUGGACGUAAGGUAGUCAGAUCAGUUGCUAGGAAAUGCAUUAUUUGCCACAGGUACACAGCAAGACCCAAACCUCAGAUGCUUGGACAACUCCCUAUCAAAAGGAUCACACCUGGCUCGGUAUUUGACAAAGUCAGAGUCGACUAUGCUGGUCCUUUGAUGAUCAAAUAUGGACACGUUCGUAAACUCACAGUAGUCAAUUUAAAGCCUACAUCUGUGUGUUUGUUUCUCUAACAGUGAAGGCAGUCCAUCUUGAAUUAGUGACUGACCUCACCUCAGACGCAUUUAUUGCGUGUCUGAAACGCUUCAUCUCUCGACGCGGCCUCCCCUCGCUCAUUUAGAGUGAUAAUGGCACUAACUUCGUUGGAGCUGCUCGAGAACUCAAAGAUCUCUACCAAUUCCCAAAUGCAAUCCACUCAAGAAAAUGUUAAUCACUACCUCAGUGAUAAGAAGAUUACCUGGAAGUUCAUUCCCCAGCAUGCACCUCACUUUGGCGGCAUCUGGGAAGCAGCGGUCAAAUCUACAAAGACUCAUUUGAGAUGAAUUCUAGGUGAUGUAAAAUUGACGUAUGAAGAACUUUCCACCCUCUUGACCCAAAUUGAAGCGACCUCUCAUUCCACUCCCUAAUAAUGACGAUGGAAUUGAAGCUCUCACACCUGGUCAUUUCCUCAUCGGGAAGCCACUGACAGCUCUCCCAGAAGUCACCCCCACAGGAUGCACCUCCCCCCUCAAGCGUUGGCAGUUGUGCAAGUCUCUACUCAGGCACUUCUGGAAGCGAUGGUCCUUAGAAUACAUCUCCCAACUUGGACGCUUUAACAAAUGGCGGCACCCCACUCGAAAUAUUCAACCUGGUGAUUUAAUUGUAAUCCAUGAAGAUUCUCUGAUAUCUACCAAAUGGCCUCUUGCCCACGUAAUCGAAGUUCACCCAGGAAAAGACAAUUUAGUAUGCGUGGCAACGAUUAGAACCACUAACGGAACUUAUACUCGGCCAAUAACGAAACUCGCAGUAACCCUGCCGAAUGAUGAACAAUUUGACAAUUGAACACUCAAUCUCCUCACCUCUUUUGUUUUGUAAGACCAUCCGGUCUUGGCCGGUGGUAUGUUCACGCUCAAUGUACCUUACUUUAAAUUAGAACCUUAUUAACACCUUAUGUUAUGUAAUAUUUACUACUACCUUAACCAUGAUUUGAUGUUGAUGUUGAUAUCAUACUCUUUUCUCAUUGUUAGUGCUCCACUUCCUCCCUUUGUUGUUAUGCGAGCUUCUGGGGCCCCGCUCCACGUAUUUAAGGUUUUGUUUACUUUUUUUGCCUCACUUCACUUUAACUUCGUUUUACCCUCACUUUACCCUGUAUUGUCAGUUGAUGUUUUGCUUCUCAAUCUAAGAAUUUGGUUAAGAGCUACAC